CUAGCCCCUUUAAGCGAGCUGAGACACGCGUUAUUUUUACCACGUGCGGUAAUUGUGACGCUUGCAAUUUUAAAGCGUGGUGUCAUCGUUUUGAAUACUUAAGGGAGUUCCCCGCGCUCAACCCGUCACCAAGUUAUGCAAAUUUAGCACGUACCCAUGCAAAUUUAGCAUACUCCAUGCCAAUGAUAGCCUGCGUUGGCGGACAUGUCACAAAAUCCCCGGACUACACCGACGGUUUAGACUGUCAGCGACGCACGCUAUGUCAAUGAUUAUAUCCUUUAAAAUCUGGGACCUUCUUCGCGCAAUCCAAGUUUUCACCGGCUUGAAAUAUGAUUGAAGAGUUUCAUACGUACUAGACAUGACAACAUGGGAUGCAUCGCUGGUCGAUCAGACAAAAGGUUCUGCGCUGUUACAGAGCCAUCUUGGUUGAAUCAUUCUUUUGUAGUUGUUGAAUGUAAGCCGGUGGCGUUGGACGUGGGAAGAACAAUUCUAUCGAUUAAAUGCAAUCUAUCGGUGAAUCAUGACUUUGCUACGCGAAAAUAUUACUGCAAUUGGUGUACUGACUACCAUUCUGUCGACACCCAGAUCUGCAUCGAAUCCCGGCAAGGAAACAACGUUCAGUUGAGCCAUGCCUGGAUACAAUUUGGCUUCGGUUGAUCGAUCAAGGAUCGACAAAAAGAACAUGUGCCCUAAAUGCGAUGGACUUCUUAGAGAAGCUGUACAGACCAUAGCUUGUGGACACAGAUACUGCAAAACAUGCGUGGAUACCAUGCUAAGUCAGGGAGACGGAAAAUGCGUCAUCGAUGAUUUAGCUAUUAGACGAGAACAGGUUUUCUUGGACCGUUUUGUGGAGCGAGAGAUCCAGUCAUUAACUCUUCAUUGCGUUAACCAGGAACAAGGUUGUGAGUGGAAAGGCGAGCUGAGGAAUCGAGAGGUUCAUGACGCUGUCUGUGAGUACGUUAAAGUACCGUGCGUUCAUUCCGACUGCGGUGAACUGGUGACCAGGGCAAAGCUCGCGGAACAUCUUGAGCAGGCUUGUCAGUACAGAAUGGUAACAUGUCAGUACUGCCAAGCUCCUAUCGUUUUUGCAGUAAUGAAGAAACACCAGGAGACUCAGUGUCCCUCGGUCUUGAUUGUUUGCCCAGAGUGUAACAGGAAGGACAUUCCUCGUGCACAGAUGUCUGCUCAUCUUGAUCCAAUGUCCGGAGACUGCGAAGAGAUGCAAGCACCUUGUCCAUUGACGCAGAUUGGAUGCUCUGAAACUAAAAUCAUGAAGCCGCAAGAAAGGAGGAUUCAUGAAGAGAGUGCCAGUGCUGCUCACAUGAUGCUCCUCUUUCAAUCAGUCAUGCAACUCUUCUCUGUGGUUGGCAGAACCUUGCAGGGUUCCAAUCGAGUCAAUGUCAGAGAGUUGAACUUACCAUCUCAAGAAGAAUUGGAGAGAUGCGUUAAACAAGUGGAGAACGCGUUGAAAGAGAACAAAGAGUUGAAAUCAAAAUUGUUGCAGCAAGAAAACCGUAUUCGACAGCUGGAAGGCGCAAGACAGGGAGAGCCAGUUAUUGCAGGCUCAGCAUCGGGGCAAGAAUCAACGAGGGAGCUAUCCCGGAGAAUUGAUAACGAAGAGGCAAAAACAGCUGACCUAGAAGUUCUCAUCGUUGAAGGGAAUCGGCAAAAUGAAGAUCUUCAGCGGCAAGUUGCUACCUUAGCAAGAGGGCAGGAAAGUUCCAAGGAAACAAUAAACCGCUUACAAAGGCAGUUUGAGUCCGUAAGUCACUCGCUGGCUUUGCGAAAUGUUACACUAAGUGAUUUGGAGGAAUAUGUCCGACAGCAGGAUGUAUCCAGCCACGACGGAAUCUUAUUAUGGAAAAUUUCCGACUUCACUAGGAGAAGACAAGAUGCACUCUCUGGAAAUCAGGUGUCUUUUUACAGUCCGUGUUUCUUCACCAGUCGUUAUGGAUACAAGAUGUGCGCGCGCAUCUAUUUAAAUGGCGACGGCAUUGGCAAAGGAACUCACAUCUCGAUCUUCUUUGUUGUCAUGCGCGGUCAGUAUGACGCUUUACUCCGCUGGCCAUUCAGACAGAAGGUCACCUUCAUGUUAUUGGAUCAGGAUAACGUUGAACACGUGAUCGAUGCCUUCAGACCUGAUCCCAGCAGCUCCUCCUUCCAGAGACCAAGAAGAGAAACCAACAUCGCCAGCGGAUGUCCCACCUUCUGCCCUCUAUCCGAGUUAAACAACCACGCCUAUGUCCGAGAUGACACCAUGUUCUUGAAGAUUAUUGUUGACACCACAGAUCUGUGAAGCUAUUACGAUCUCGUAGACUGGUCAAAAGUACGGUUUGCUGAUAUUAGAAACUUAAGGA